ACCAUUCCAACACUGCACUACUAACCAUGUUCACUUCUGUGGUGUUGAUGAGUAUGCUGGUGGCCGCAGGUGUGGCUCUCCCAGGGGGAUACCAACAACUCUCUUAUGCUCCGAUCCCUUAUAAUUUCAACUAUGACGUCAACGCUGGAGCCACCAACUUUGGCCAGCAAGAGAGUGGUAACGGUGGCAACGCCAAGGGCUCCUACUGGGUCCAACUACCAGACGGUCGACUCGAGAGGGUUGAUUACUGGGCUGACGGUAGUGGAUAUCAUGCUACCGUGUCCUUCCAGGGCACUGCCAAGCAUCCCAGCUAUACGCCAUCUUAUGGUUACUAAAUUCUGACUAAAUCAUUACCGGAAAUCUAUCCUGAUCAUUCCCUCGGAAAACUUUUUCUAGAUAAUCUUCGACUUUUACAGGUCGUUUUGUAAAAUAUGCUUAUCUGAAUACAUCUGUAUAAAUUAUUAGGAGCCUUAAUGUUAUGAAACAGGACAAGUGUAUCAUGACACCGGCUUUGUCAGCUAGUGACCCGUCAAGUGGAUCAGCAUCCCUCAACAUAUGAAAACUAUGUUUUUAAUCCUUUCGAAAAAAGUAAGGAUCACCACAUAGUAACGACUAAAGCUCCUUUAAUGUUUAGUCAACAUUGUUGGGUGCGCAUUUAAUUUUAUUUCAUUAGUUUCAUACAUAUGCCUUGCAGAUUCUCUAGCAAGCAACUAUUAAUUAAUGUAUAAUUUAACAACUUAAUAUUAGUUGCAUGUUGAAGAACUUUACACUUAUCUGUAGUGUCUUGCCAUAUAUAACAAGGGAAAGACAUGACUUGUGAAUAUAUUUGAAAAUUAUGUAGUAUAUGCCAAUAUUAAUUAAAUAUAUAUAUAAAUAUACUUUCA